AUGGCGGCGGCGGUCACCCUCACCCGGCCGUGGGCGCCAUGCUCGGCAAUAAGAAACUCAGCCUACCCUGCUUCCCCGAGUGCCCGGAUCCCCAGCCCGUGGCUGGGCCUGAGAUCCGGCCUCCGGAAAGCCUCUCUUCCACCCGAGUGGGCGCUGCCCCCGAAAAGUAGUGACGGAGCUCGGCUCCGCUCCCCAGAACCCAGUUCCCCUGCCCAGCGCACGGAGCCUGUCAGCCCCAUGGAUGUACUCCGGAUGGGGCCGUUGGUUCCCCAGCAGGAUUAUGAGCGACUGGAGGACUGUGACCCUGACCGUGACCCCGGCUAUGACCCCCCAGACUCCCAGGAAUCCCCCCUCCCGGGGGAGGAGGAGGAGCUGUUGUUGCAUGUGCCGGAGGGGCUCAGGGGUUCCUGGCAUCACAUCAAGAAUCUGGACAGCUUCUUCACCAAGAUCUACAACUACCACCAGCGCAGCGGCUUUGUCUGUAUGCUCCUGGAGGAUGCCUUUCAGCUGGGGCAGUUCCUCUUCAUUGUCACCUUCACCACCUUCCUGCUUCGCUGCGUGGAUUAUGACGUGCUUUUCGCCAACCGUCCGUCCAACCGCACGUGGCCUGGUCCCCCCGGGUCCCGCCGCCCGCCGGGACCCCUUCACAGCAAAGUGACGCUGUCUGAUGCCAUCCUGCCUGCUGCCCAGUGCUCCCAGAGGAUCCGCUCCUGCUCGCCUUUGCUCUUCCUCCUGGUCCUGGCCACCGGCUACUGGCUGUUCCGGCUCCUCCGCUCGCUCUGCAGCCUCCUCGGCUACUGGGACAUUCGGGCGUUUUACAGGGAGGCGUUGAAGAUUCUCCCGGGCGAAGUGAGCACGGUGCCCUGGACCGAGGUGCAGUCCCGCCUGCUGGACCUGCAGCGCGGGGGCGGCCUGUGCGUGCUGCCGCGGCCUCUGAGCGAGCUGGACGUCCACCACCGCAUCCUGCGCUUCCCCAACUACCUGGUGGCGCUGGCCAACAAGGGGCUGCUGCCCGCCCGCUGCCCGCUGCCCUGGGGCGGCAGCGCGGCCUUCCUGAGCCGCGGGCUGGCCCUCAACCUGGACCUGCUGUUGUUCCGAGGGCCGGCCUCGCUGUUCCGCGGGGGCUGGGCCCUGCCCGCCGCCUACAAGCGCGGGGCCCGGCGCCGGGCCCUGGCGGCCCGGCUGCGGCGGACGCUGCUGCUGCUGGCCCUGGCCAACCUUUUGCUGUGCCCGCUGGUGCUGGCCUGGCAGGGGCUGCGGGCCUUCUUCAGCCACGCCGAGCUGCUGCGGCGGGAGCCCGGCGCCCUGGGCACCCGGCGCUGGUCCCGCCUGGCCCGCCUGCAGCUGCGCCACUUCAACGAGCUGCCGCACUCGCUGCGGGCCCGCCUGGCCCGCGCCUACCGGCCCGCCGCCGGCUACUUGCGGGCCGCCUCGCCGCCCGGCCCGCUGGCCGCCCUGCUGGCCCGUCACGCCGCCUUCUUCGCGGGGGCCUUGCUGGCCGCCCUCUUGGCCCUGACCGUCUACGACGAGGACGUGCUGGCCGUGGAGCACGUGCUCACCGCCAUCACCGGUCUCGGGGUGGCAGUCACCGUCGCCAGGCGCUUCAUCCCGGAGGAGGAGCUGUGUGGCCGCUCUCCGGAGCCGCUGCUGCAGGCCGCCCUGGCCCACAUGCACUACCUGCCCGAGGGGCCCGAGGAGGCCGAGGAGCAGCAGCAGCAGCAGACCGGCCCCGGGCCGCUCCGGACCCCGGCGACCCGCGCCGCCCGCAUCCGCCGCCAGAUGGCGCAGCUGCUGCAGUAUAAGGCCGUGUCUCUUCUGGAAGAACUCCUCUCGCCCAUCGUCACGCCCCUCACCCUCCUGUUCUGGUUCCGUCCCCGAGCCCUGGAGAUCAUCGAUUUCUUCCACCACUUCACGGUGGAUGUGGCCGGCGUCGGGGACGUCUGCUCCUUCGCCCUUAUGGAUAUCCAGCGCCACGGACACCCUGAGUGGCUCUCAGCCGGGCAGACGGAGGCCUCUGUGUCCCAGAGGGCCGAGGGAGGGAAGACAGAACUAUCCCUGAUGCGCUUCGCCCUGGCACACCCACGCUGGCGCCCGCCUGGGCACAGUUCCCGCUUCUUGGGCCAGCUGCGGGACCGGGUGCAGCAGGACGCCGCCGCCUGGGGGGCCACCAGCCCCCGGUCCCCCCUUACGCCAGGCCUGGGCCCGAGCCUGCCCACCGACUCCAUCACCUCAACUCCUGAGGCUCUCCUGACCAGCCUGCUGGUGCAUCCCCUGAUGCCCCCCCGGGAGGCGGCCCUGGCUCCCCCCUGCCCCGCCGCAGCAACCGCCAGCCUUCUGGCUUCCCUUUCCAGCUCCACUUCCCGGCUGGCUGCAGAUGAGAGCUGUGUGUCUCUGGGGGCGACUGGCGUCCGGAGCCCCGUCCUGUUGUCCGAACUCGCUUCAGCCGAGAUGAGCCUCCAUGCCAUCUACCUGCACCAGCUUCACCAGCAACAACAGCAGCAGGAGCUGUUGGGGGAGACGGCCCCAACUCUCCCAGCCCUCUGGCCCAGCGACCCCAGUGGGCCGACACCACCCCUCUCACCCUCCCUGGAAGAGCAGAACCAGCCCCCGCCCGGCCACGGCCUCUCCUCUGACCCUGGCCCCGGACCAGAACGGCGCUGGGGGCCGGAUGGAGAAAGGGCAUUGCCCCUGGGGGGCUGGCAGGACGACGAUGCUCAGCAGGAGCCAGCCACUGCCCCCAGCAGCAGCAGCCCUUGAGCCAUCACCUGGGAUUCUCCAAUCGGGGAACAUGGCUCCCCAAAAGGAUCCCCCAGCCUGAAGGACCGGGGCAGGACUGGGCUCAGCGGACCUCGCCCUGGGGAG